UAUCGACACCUAGCAGCUGCUUGCUCAAUUUUUGUCUACCUGGUUGUUGUUUCAAUGUGUGAAUUUUUGACUUAAUUAAGCCUACAUCGCCCGGCAAUUAUGCACGGUGCUGAAAAAAAUAAAAAAUAGACACCAGCUGAUCAUUAUUUUACCGUAAAUUGGCUGCAUAUAUUGCCUAGAAAAACAAUAACAAAUCACGGUGCUGACUAAGCGGCGAAAGUGGUUGCAGCAAAGUCCAAUCACUAUCACUCGCCGCAACCCAUUCCGAUGGACACCAGUUCCGUGGUUCCCCUGGUGGCCGGGCGCCCCAUGCCGCCCGAGGAGCUGGCGAUGCAGCAGCUUACCAAACAAUUGUUCAAGUCCCGGCUCUUCCGUGGUCACUACCUGGAGCGUUGCUUCGUGGAGCAGGUGGGCGGCUACCGGGACGUGGUGGUGCUGCAGCGCAGUGAGCGGGAGCUGGAAAAGCUGCUGCACUCAAGCGGCGGCCAGCUGCACAGGUUCUACCAGCGCUUCGUACCCAAUAUGUGGGUGGGCAUCACAAGUGGUAGUUGUGGAAGCUACAAGCACACCCCAGAUCCGGGACAACUAGAGACCUGCAUUUGGACGGAGAUGAGCGACCUGGCUUUUGGAGAAUACUGGUUCAGUAUUAGGUCACUGCGCUUUAGGGACCAGGAGGUCCAGCUGAAGUUGAAGAUGGUGCGGCGCGUGGAGCCGGAGCCAUUAAUGACACCGCGGAGAUCUGUGUCCCUGAAUAGGAGUAAACCCACCAAUGCGAUCACAGCGGGGGAAGGCUCCUCCAAGGCAGACGAGGUGACGGAGCAACUUCAGCUGGGUCUCAAUGACUUCCUGGCUGUGCUGCAGCAGUGGGGCGAAGGAGUCAAACAGACAGUGUACGAUUUUAUGGCCAACGAUGUUAACAAGAGGAACAUAAUGGGCACCAUACGGUUUCUGGGCCUGCUCAUCUUCUCUGCUCUGUCCGGAGCAGCGCUGGCCUUACGAUUUCUCGGCAUAUUUGCUGUGCGCUUUCUGUUCGAGUUGAGUCGCUUCACCCACACCGCCACUCCCAUUGUGUUUAAACUGAUUGAGUUUUUGAACAAGAUUGUAGGGGCUUUCUUCAUACUCUUGGCCAUGAUAUGGAAAGACAUUGUACAUCGUGGCCGCCCGGUUCCGGUGCAGCAGCUGGAAGCGAGCAGCCGCUUUAAGAGUAUACAAUACGAACGUUCCGAGCCGCACCGUCGGAGUCCGCGCUGGUGACCCGCAGCCAGGGGCAAAUGUGUCUAGAAAAAUGUGUGUAAUUAGUCCAGGGUGGAAGGGCAACGAUAAAUCAUUAAAAUUGUGUUACUAGCCGUAAGCGAAUCAAAGUCGAUCCCUAUCCCCGCUUCGAAUUUGAAUGUAUUUGCUCCGCAAAUAUGGGGGCACCUAUGAGAUUUCCAGAUUUUAGCCAAAUGCAAUAUUGUAAAUUUUUGAUUGACCUGCCACUGGCAAACAAUAGCAUGCUUAUUAACACCCGCUGUUAAUUCAUUGUGUAUUGUCAAAAAAUUUGUUUUGUCUAAUCCUUUUAGUUUUAGGUCCUGUAAUUUAUGUAUCGAAAAUUAUUGUGAAUAAAUUGAAUGCAAUAGCGAAAAUUGAAA